CGACUGACUUUGAGUGAGAGGCGGCGUUCUCUCACUCUCAGGGUCCAAGCAGGCAUUCAAAUGCACAUUCACACCAAUGGGCAAUUUAAAAUCAACUAAACAUCCAUUUGAAAAAAAAAAAAAUCUCGUCGAGAAGCUGGCACAAUGGUCUGAUACUGGAUUCCCAACACAAGUGAUUGAUAAUGUCAUAGAUAGAGAUGUUGCUGUACAUCGUGGGGUUGCUGGUCCUUUGGCUUGUCCAGCGGUGGUUGAAGGAGCCCAAACGUGUGGAAAACAAGCGAGGCAAAUAUGUCUACAUCACCGGCUGCGAUACUGGCUUUGGGCAUCUACUGGCCAAGCAUCUUUAUAAGGUGGGCUUCCGUGUGAUUGCCGGCUGUUACACCGAGAAGGGCGAAGAUGAGCUGAAGAAGACCUCGUCCGACAGACUGAUCGCUCUUCAUUUGGAUGUCAGCGACUCUGCCAGCGUCAGACGAGCCACUGCUCUAAUUGACAACCUUGUCGGGCAGACAGGACUGUGGGCCGUUGUGAACAAUGCGGGCAUCUCUGUGCCAGUGGCCCCCACAGACUGGUUAGCCGUUGAGGACUAUAAGAGCAUGCUGGAUGUCAAUCUACUGGGCGUGAUUGACGUGACCCUGAGCGUCCUCCCUCUCAUCAAGAAGGCCCGAGGCAGGGUGGUGAACGUGGCCAGCGUGUUCGGGAGGAUCAGCCCGUUCGGCGGCCCGUAUUGUGUGUCUAAAUACGGCGUGGAAGCCUUCAACGAUAGCCUGCGUUUGAAUUUGGCACCUUUUGGAGUGAAAGUUUUGUGCAUCGAGCCUGGUUUCUUCAAAACAAAUGUCACUGACCCAGAGAUCAUUGAAAAAAAUGGGAAAAGGCUCUGGGACAGGUUGCCGCAGGAUGUGAAAGAUGACUAUGGAGAAAAUUAUGUGGAGCGUGCGCUCGAAACCAUUGUGGCCAAAUGUCAACUCCUAACGGACAGCAACCUGAUGAAGGUCAUUGGCUGCAUGGAGCACGCCGUGGCCGCCGUGCACCCUCAUACGCGUUACUCUCCCGGAUGGCACGCCAAGUUCAUCUGGCUGCCUCUGUCCUACAUGCCAGCCUUCAUCACAGACACCUUGAUCCUUAAACUCAGCCCCAAGAUUAAAGUAGCUGUGUUCUAAGCUUUAAUGGGAGUCUUGUGGUGUUACCUUAAGCUAAAUUAAAUGCUGUUAAAAAUCAUAUUUUAAAAAGUUUAUUUUAGGUGCAAAUUUGUUAAAGUGCAAGUGAAAAGGGAAGCAGGACAAGUUUAUUCAGAUCGAGCAGCAAAUUCCUGAGAGUUGAUUAUUCAUUGAAGGGAGGCCAAACUUUCAACGAAUGUCAUGGAUGUAUGACAUGUAUGACUUAAGUGGUUGGCUAUGUUGUGAGUCAUGUUUACAGUCACGAUGAUUUGUUUGAAGUCUGAAUGAAACACGCUACUUCACCCCUUACCGUUCCUGUUUUGUGUGUUUGUUUUAAGUGCUCGCGGAGCUUGCAGAUAUGGAUUGUAAUGUUUGUUAUUGUGCAUUCUGGGAAGUGUGAGGGCGUUUGGGCAGGAAAUGAUGAGAGUUCAAUAAAAAGUAACUAAAUUGCACCA